AUGUCGAUUCUACAUUUAGAACCAGGAUUUGAAUUCAUUCCCACUGAUACCGAGCUCCUCCAAUUUCUCAAAGACAAGAUUUUGGGUCAUCUCGAUCAACUUACUUCUGGCUUUAUCCCUGACCAUAUCAAUCCCUACGGUUACGACCCUAUCAGACUUCCCAAAGGUAAUCACUUUAACCGUACAAAUCAGGCUUAUUUCUUUACCCACAAAAACCAGAACCGAACUCUAAAAAAUGGUUUCUGGAGGAAGGCUUCUACUUUGCCCGAGGAGAUCAACAGUGCAGGCAAAAUUCUAGGGUUAAAGGAGCAGUUUGAUUUCUUUUGGUUAAUUGGAAAUGAGACAGUCGAAACCAGUUGGACUAUGCGUGAGUAUAAUGUAAACCCAGCCAUAUUUUCAGAUGAUGAGCGCGAAGCUAUUGGGAAUGAGAUGGAAAGCUGUAUAGUGUGUGCAAUUCAGUAUAAGAAGGUCUCAUUCUUCUCAUGUGGAGAAGAAUCUGAUGCAGCAGCGGAUAUGGAGGAAGAGAUCGAGGCGGGCAUGACUCAUCCUAAGCAGCUCCGGCGUUCCAAGCGGAUCCAAGAGAGGUUGGCGUCCCAUCCACCUCAGCGCUAA